GUUCCCCUGGAGGGCUGGCUGCAGAUCGUCCUGUUCGUCGGCCACUACGAGGGCUACUUCUGGCGCCAGGAUCCCAAGCGCGCCCCGGGUGACUACGAAGGCUACGGCUUCCUGGGUGUGGGCAAGAACUUCAUCGUCAAUGUCGACCCCAUCGAGUUCCAGGACGCUGAGGUGAAGAAAACCAAGCUUUCCGCCGAGAUUGCGAAUGGACGAUUGGCGAUGGUGGCCCUGAUGGCAAUGCUUUUUCAGAACGGCACUGUGGGCUCCACCGGCCCUGCCAUGUGGCUGCCCGCAGCAUGA